AUGUCAUACCAGCAGCAAUCAAGAUCCAGCCGAGGAUCCUCCGACCUCAAUACGCGAUACCAGCGCGUCUCCUCUCAUCAGCAACAACAGCAACAACAGCAACAGCAACAACGUCAAAGACCACAGACGCAGAGAGUGUAUUCAGCGACGACGCCAACAUGGACUUCGCAACCGGUCCCUGAGCCACCGCUGCUUCCGCCCUUGGUCGACCUGGCCAACUGGAUCGCAACGCUGCCACCCAUCCAAGAAUGGCCCACCCUGCUCAUUGAUCGCCUGCUGCUAGCGCCGGUCACACAGCUGCUACAAAUCACGCGCGACAUUCUUCUCUCACCCAAAACUCAUCGUGUCGUGGUGCGUCUCGGUGUUCUUGCAACCAUCUUUUGGAUCGCACUUGCUGCCGCCGUGGUCAGCUACAUCGGCUUCUACCGUGCUUGGGUGCCCGACGUCGGUCUUCGCAAAGAGAUCUGGCUGCAGUAUGGUCAUGACCGACCACCUUUCGCCCAUCUCGACUUUGGCACCGCUGCGUAUCGACACCAGCUGGGCGAGCCGUCACCUUCUUCGUCUUCCUACAAUCCAUCCACCGAUAUCAGCGGCGAAUACUUUGCUCAAGAUCAAGCUUACGAUGUCACGCUCGAGAUCUCCGUGCCUCUCAACCAAGCCAAUCUGGACCUUGGCAACUUUAUGGUGGAUCUCGACCUUAAGAGCAGAUCCAACCGCUCCGUAUUCCACGUCAGCAAGCCGACCCUGCUCACCUACUCGACUGCUCCGGUGCGAGCCGCCGACUCGAUCUCGCAAAUGAUGUCGCGAAAUCCGCCGGCGCAACAGGCUCCGGCUACCUCGCAGCUGCUCCGCAUUCCGCUUCUGCGCAGAGCCGUGCUGCGACCCUCUUCCUUUGCUCCUCCGCUCUCUUCGACACCGCCUGAUCCGCGAGCCGACAGGAAGGUGACGCACGGCCAAGUGAGCGUCGGCCGAUCUGACCAGAACAAGUUUUGGAUGUACGGCGGCAAUCACAACACGCUCGCUGGCGUCCAGACUCUGCCUCACAACGGUCGCGUGGUGCCUCUGGCUGUCGGUUCGCACUCCAGUCGCGGAGAGCUGCAGACCUACGCCGCCAGUCUCCGCUUUGACGCACACCUCUCCGGGUUGAGGUUCUUUAUGUACCACUUCCCACUUCUUUCUUUCAUCAUCUUCACCGGUCUCUUCUUGGCCCUGGAGAUGGCGACGGCCCUAACAUUGUGGUCGGUGGCCGCUAUCUACACCAGCACCAUGACGGUGGCACCCGUGUCGCUGGACACAGACGAGCACUUCCAGAAUCAAAAGUCGUGGCGGCCUUCGCGUCGCAGUGAUGAGGAUUACGGCGUCAAGACCGAGACCGAGACAACGCCCUCGGCGGAAGACUCGGCUUGGCAGGAAAGACGGUACGAACAGAGGGACGACGAGGAAGACGAGACCGAGACCGAGACCGAGGCUCGAAGGAGGUACAAGCGCGAGCCACGCAUCAAGACAGAGGGCUACGACGAUGAGGAUCAGGAAGGCUCUGGAGUGUCAGAAGAGGAAGAGAUGCGCUUGCGAUCUCUGCAGAGUCUUCAGGCGAAGGACGAAGCUGAUCUGGCCGAGGCGAUCCGACAGUCGAGGAUGCGCGAUUUGCUGGAAGCGAGACGAAUGGGUGGUGCUGGGCCGAGUGGAAGCAGUGACAGAGGCAUGAUGCAAGGAGAAUCGCUCAUCGAUAUCGUCGACCCGACCUCGCCCAUAUCUCCUGAAGAGCUGUCCGAGAUUCAGAUGUCGAGGAGGGUGCUGGACCGACUUGACGAGGAGACAGAGGAAGAUACAGAUGUGGCAUCGUCGCGACCUUCUCGACCAUCGUCCCGCCUCGCUGCGAGAACCUCUGCGACGGCGCAAGGUGGUGGAAAUGGAUCGGGCGAGACAGAGUCUUGGGAGGAUCUGGACGACGAGUCGGCAUCUGGCGAGUCAGCAGACGCGGCCUUGAGGCAGAGGAGGAAGCCCGACGACGAUGAUGACGAUGAUGACGACGGUGGUGACGGUACAAUUGGAGGAUCCGAGACCUCGGGUCGCAGGACGGCGCGCUCGUUCGGUGCGACUACGACUGCCGGCGCCUCGUCCUCUACACGCACAGGCUGA